CCAUACCCACAAAAGCUUCACAUACAUAAAUCCUAAUUAAACCCUAAAAACCUUGUCACGACAAACAGAAACUCACAAAAAACCUCUUUUUGUUUGAAUUAACGUUUUCCUUUGUUUUCUUCUAUGUAAAUUUUGGAUGCUUUUGGUUUUAUGGAGUCGGAGAAGCCUGGGAUUGUUUCAAUUCUCACUGAUUCGGAGAAACCUCGCGUUUCAAUUUCCGCGGUGAGAGCGGUUGCGGCGGUAAGAGCUGAUUCGUUUCUUCUCACGCGUACUCUCUCUGGUUCGUUUUCAUCUGCAAGUUCUGUUCCAAUUCGUGCACCUGUUACAAUUGAUGAGGAUGAUGAUACUGGUUCUGUAACUGACGAACAUAACUCAGCUAGUAGUGAAGCUAGUAGUUAUAGUAAUGGACUUGAUUUUGAGACUGAUGAAGAUGAGACUGAGUUAGAGGAUGUGAUUUUGGGUGGGGUUAGGGCUGAUAGGCUACUAGGGGAAGAGUUAGGUGGAGAGAUUGGAGAUGGGAGUGUUAUUUAUAGACCAUUUGCUGGUGAUGUUGAUGAGGAAACGUCGGUGAAUUACUCGUCUUUGGAGGAAGAGAGUGAGAAUAGUGAUGAGGUUGAGGGAGUUACUGAGAGUGAAGUUAGUGAAGGUGAAAGAGGUAGCAUGAAAGCAAAAGUAGUCAUUCCUCGGGCUGUUUUGUCUUUGGAUGAUGAUGAGUUGGAUGAAAUUUUGGGUAGUGAUGAUGAAGAGGGUGUGUUGUUGCGUGUAACCAAGGCUCUAGGUGAGGAAGAAACUGAAAUCGAAGAUAGAGGCUUUCAAUUUGGAGGUAAGGGAGUGGUUGAUGAACCAGAGUGUUCGGGUUCUUUUAUAAGUGAUGUUGAUUCUAAUGAGGAAGAAGAGGUGAGAAUGAACUAUUCAGAUGAAUUUGAUGAUGGUUUAGUGUCCUUUGGGAAUAUUGAAGAAUCGAGUCUCGGUGUUGUUCCACCAGGAGGUUUUAAUGAUUUUAUGGCAGAAACUGAAGGGAACUCUAUUGAGGCAAGUAUGGAAGUGGGUCAAAGUUUCAAGCAACUUUUGGAGACAGGGGUUGUUCAAAGAACCAUCACCAAGGAGGAUGGUGGUGAUAGCAUUCAUGAAUUCGAUGCAUUGAUCAAGCCAAGUGAUGUGGAAAGAGUGGAAGAUAGUGCAGUUGAAUUAGUAGAAAUGGGAAUGACUGAUAAACCAGAAUGCUCAGGUUCUGUUACAGGUGAACUUGUUUUGAAAGAGGAAUAUAUGUUACAGGAGAAAUCUUCUGACGAUGGUUUAGUGUCCUUUGAGAGUAGUCUUGGUGCUGUGACAGGUGUUUGCAAUGAGUUUCUGGUGGAAAGUGAAGGAAACGCUGCUGAUGAGGAUAAAGGAUUAGAUGAAACUGUCAGCAGCCUUGUCGAGCAAGGGGUGCGUCAAGGAAGUACCAGCAAGGAGAGCAAUAACAGAACUCAUGUUGGUAGUGCCUGUGAAGCAGAUGAAUUGAUGAUUCCAGGUGACGCGUCUAUUGGAUCAGAAAGCAGAGACUCAGGGGAUGAAGACGCUAGCAAUAUGAUAGGUGAGGCAAAAGAACACUGUGAAAAUGAUUGUGGUGCAGUAAGCGAAUCGGAAAAACCUGAAUGCGAGGACGAACCUGAAAUUGGUAUGAGUUCUGAAAGUUUUCAGUUAACUCCAUCUCCGGAUUCUGAAAUGACGAGGAACCUUGAGGCCGCUGGAGGAAUAGUUGUUGUUGUAAGUGGUUGUGAUUUUUCCGAUCAAAAAGCUGAACAAGAAUCUGAAAAUGAAGCAAAUCAAGAAUCAGACGAUACUGAUAGGAUGUUAUCACUUCCUGUUGAAGAUAGAGCAUCAAGUUUAAGUAAUUCCUUUAAAACAGCCAAUGAGACUGUGGAAGAUGGGAAGCAGAUUAAUAAGCAGGUCAAUUUUCAGCCUGAUAGCAAACCAAAUCAAAUCUCAGUGGGCAUAGAAGAAACCAGUUUGCUUUCGGUUAAAGAUGUUGAGAGAACCAUGUCUGAGAACUCUCCGGUAACUGCUUGUGACAUAAACGAAAAUGAGACACAGAUGGCACGGGUGAUUCACGAUCACACUUUCAUGGAGUUUGACGAGUAUGAAGGAACAGGUGAUACAAGGGAGAAACUCUCUGAAUCCACUUUCCAGAAUUAUUCUGAAGUACUAUCCUCUAAUCAUUCUGUGGAGCUGAUAAGUGAGAAAGUGAAGGAGAGAGUUGAGAAGACCCAGCUCUUGAAAGAAAAGCUCCAGAGGAUUAUAAGAAGAACAGGUCAUUGCAGUGAAAAUUCAACUGUUACUGAAGUUGCGUCUAAGCUGAGCCUAGCUGGUGGAGAACAUCAAACGUCCUUAGGGCUUGAUCACGUGUCUGACGGAACAAAGAUAAUGCUGCCUAAACAAGAUUUUCCAGAUGAUUUAGACUUCUCUGUUAACGUCCUUGUUAUUGGAAAAACCGGGGUGGGAAAAAGUGCAACGGUUAAUUCUAUAUUUGGGGAGACUAAGUCUCUUGUUGGUGCAUUUGGAGUUACCACCAAGUCUGAAAAUUACUUGGUUGGGAACGUAGGAGGAAUCCUGAUAAGAAUACUGGAUACGCCAGGUCUCAUGUCCUCUGCAUCUGAGGAACAGUUUAAUCUGGAAGUCCUUAUGUCGAUAAAGAAGAGCAUGAGAAAGUUCCCAGUUGAUGUCAUCCUCUAUGUUGAUCGUCUGGACAACAAUCCAGACAUCCAUUUAAUUAGAAUCAUCACCAGUUCCCUGGGCUCGUCAAUAUGGAAAAAUGCUAUCGUGGUUCUAACUCAUGCAGCUUCCGAUGUGCCAGAUUCUUUAAGCUACAAAGACUUUAUUGCUCAGAGAUCUUCUCUUAUGCAUCAAUCAUUCAGACAAGCAGUUCCAGAUUUAAGCUGUGUAGACCAGAGCAAGAUGCCUAGAAUUGUUCUGGCAGAGAACAACAUGAGCUCUUUUUCGGCAAACAAAAGCAGUGAAUCUACUUGUCCGGACUGGAGAUUGAACCUACUGAUUUUAUGUUGCUCGGUUAAGAUCCGGUCUAAAGCCGGUUCUUUGCAAAAGCAGAAUACCGAUGUAGAAAAAGCCGGUGUCUUUGUCUCCCAGCUUCGCUCUUUCACUCUAUUCUGUUCUUUAUGGAAUGUAUUGCUUGGACACACUUCUCAUUCACAUGAUGAUUUGAAGGAGAAGAAAAGGCAAUUACUGAAUUCUUUCCCUAAAAUCCUCUGGGAUGAACAUAGUCAGGAAUGUCUCGAGCAAGAAACACUUCUCGUGGAGAAUCAAGAACCAGAAGACGAAGAGAAACAAUACGAAAAAGGAAAAAUAAAUAGAGGUUUGGAGGAAGAAAAUGUUCUUGGUCGUGUGAGAACCAGAAGAGGAAAACUUGGGUUCCAAGCAACAAAAAGGUUCGGUAUCUAUCUCGAUACAUCUGAUUUGCACACCGGGUUCUCCAUUGGAAGUCGAGGCUGUAGAAAAGACGAACAAGAAGAAGGCAAGGUCUUGGUGAGGAUGAGAGGCUCAAUGUCUGUUUUAGGUUUGGUUCCUAUGUUGAUGUCCGUAUUCACUUCUGUCUAUGGUGGAAAAAAUAUUUAAAAACUUAAAUUGCUCUUGGUGUAGAAUUUGUAACAUAUCAGAUGUGUUCUUCGUCUCUUUUGGAUUCUGGGCUUCUGCCAUUGACAAUACAUGAAACUAAAGAUAAAUUAAUGUUGUGUCUUUUUAGUCUAAGCUUUGUUACUUGUUCUUCUAUUGAUUGUUUGGUUUUUAGAGAGGAUUAGAAUCAAUCUAAUCAAAUGGU